CUCCAGCACAGAAACACAAAAAAUCAAUGGCGGUCUGCUUGAAGAUGAAUGCUGUGCUACAGAAAAGAGAUCUGAUGCUCAACAAAGAAAGAAACAGUUACGGAAUCAAGAACAGAAGUAUAUCAUGCAGGAUUCAGGAGUUGCCAAUUCAAAAGAAGAAUCUGUAUCAAGUUCUUUCACUGGAGUCUCGAACGGUUAGCUUCGAUGAGGUGAAGAAGGCAUACCGUAUGAAAGCUCUGCAACUCCAUCCGGAUGUCUGUCCGUCCUCCAUUAGAGAGGAAUGCACGAAGCAAUUCGUGGAAUUGCAGAAGGCGUAUGAAGUUCUUUCGGAUCCAAAUUCUCGAAGAAUGUAUGAUAAUGAAUUGAGCUUGAUUGAAUCGUUUGGGCGCCAUGGCUGCUACGAUGAUGAACAGAAGGGGAACAACUUCGUCUCAAGGAAGGUGUGGGAAAUGCAACUUGCUGGACUCAAGAAACGAUCUGCAGAUCGAAUGGAGAGGAUGAAAAACGAAUUUAUGGAAAGGAUAUAAGAAAUUAUAUCUUGUAAUUUGUUAAUAACAUCAUCUUGUUAGUUGAUUUUUGAUCUUCAUUUUAGGUUUAGGGUGUUAUCAUGGCGGUUUCCGAUUAGAAAUUGUAUUGAAGAUGCUGCUCAUGUAGAACAAUUAUUCUUUCCAU